AUGCAAAUACCGCCCUGUAAUUGACUACCAAGUAUAGAAGGGAUUUCAAGCGGGAACAAUGGCUGGAUCAAUAAAUAAACCAAAAAAACCCAAAUCCAAGCGGACGCCGGUCCGCCUGCGCCACAAGAUCGAGAAGGCCUCGGCAGCGAAGCAGCGGAAGCAAAGAAAGCUCGCCAAGAAGAACCCAGAGUGGCGGAGCAAACUGAAGAAGGAUCCCGGCAUUCCCAACCUGUUUCCCUACAAGGAUAGGCUCCUGCACCAGAUCGAGGAGGACCGUGUUCGGAGGAAAGAAGAGCAGCAGCGCCGCCGUGAGCUCGCCAAGGCUGCUAAUACAGCUCAGAAAGACGAUGGCGCCGACCAAGACAUGGGCGACGAUGCCGUCGAGGAGUUUGAUGGGUCUACCAUUGAUGACGCCAUGGACGAGGACGCCAGCGACAUCGACGAGUCCAACCCGCUAGCAGCCCUCGUGGCCAGCGCGAGGAAGGCUGCCGAGCAGUACGAGAAGGAGCUGCAGACCGGGGACGAGAUGGAUGACGACGACGACGACGACCAAGACACGGAAGAUGAGACAGAAGCAGGCGUGAUCGAAGUACCCGGUGGCGCCUCGUCCCGCAAGGCCUAUGACAAGGUCUUCAAGCAGGUCGUCGAGCAGGCCGACGUGGUCCUCUAUGUCCUGGAUGCGCGCGAUCCCGAGGGCACGCGGUCGCGCGACGUCGAGCGGUCUGUGAUGGCAGCCGCGGGCGGCGGUAAGCGACUGAUCCUGGUGCUCAACAAGGUGGACCUGAUCCCCCCGCCCGUUCUGCGCGGCUGGCUCGUCUACCUGCGCCGCUCGUUCCCUACCCUCCCGCUGCGCGCCUCCGGGCCCGCGCCCAACGCCCACACCUUCAACCACCGCGACAUCACGGUACAGAGCACCAGCGCCGCCCUAUUCCGCGCGCUCAAGGCCUACGCCGCAUCGCGCAACCUCAAGCGCGCCAUCUCAGUCGGCGUCAUCGGCUACCCCAACGUGGGCAAAUCCAGCGUCAUCAACGCGCUGCUGGCCCGGCUGGGCGGCAGCCGGUCUCAACGCGCCGCCUGCCCCGCGGGCGCCGAGGCGGGCGUGACCACCGCGAUACGCGCCGUCAAGAUCGACAACCGCCUAACGCUGCUCGACUCACCGGGUAUCGUCUUCCCCUCCACCACCCCUUCCUCCUCCACCGCCCCCUCCUCAUCAGCAUCCCAAUUCCACCCCAAGAACCCCACCGAAGCGCACGCCCACCUCGUCCUCCUCAACGCCGUCCCACCAAAACAGAUCGACGACCCCGUCCCGGCCGUGACCCUGCUACUCAAACGCCUCUCGGCCACCCCGGACCUGCUGCAGCGCAUGAUGCAGUACUACGACCUGCCCCCUCUGUUGCCAAACGGCGACAUGACGACGGAUUUCCUGGUGCAGGUCGCCCGCAAGCGGGGACGCCUCGGCCGCGGGGGGGUGCCCAACCUGAACGCCGCUGCCAUGACCGUCGUCACCGACUGGCGCGACGGCAGGAUCCAGGGUUGGGUUGACCCGCCGUCGGUUGAGGAGAGUGGUAAGGGCGCGGGGGGCAAGGGGGAUGGGGAGGCUGCUGCUUCUGCUGCUGGUGAUCAGAAGGAGAUUGUCACUGAGUGGGCGAAGGAGUUUAAAUUGGAGGGGUUGUGGGGGGAUGAUGGUGACGGUGGUGAGGUGAAGGAGGUGGAUAUGCAGCAGUAGGACUAGAGAAAUUGCUUCGUCUUAGCUAGUAUUCAGCUGGGGUUGCCUGGUGUCUAGGGUUUGGAGAGGCUGUCUUAGUUGUUUUCCAUUAUCUCGCUGUACGGCGGCGUUUAGGCGUCGAAAAGGGGGCGGGCCUAGAUUAGGUAGC